CUUGCUGAAUCUGACUGACCUAAUCAUUUCUAUAUAUUUUAACCCAUUUCAUGAUUUUUGUCUCCAUCGCCGACGAUGAUCCCGGAAGAAGAAGUUGAGCCGCCGCAGAAAAAAACGAAGCUUCCGCCGCUACCAUGUCAGUCGUCGUUUUUGUCACUUCCCAACGAAAUCAUUGUGAACUGCUUUGCACGUAUCUCUAAAUCGUCUUACCGUUCACUCUCCCUCGUCUGCAAAACCUUUCGUUCUCUCAUCUCUUCUCCAGACCUCUAUGCCGCGCGAUCUCAACUUGGAACCACCGAGAUCUGCGGCCUCUAUCUCUGUCUACGGUUCUCCACCGUGCCAUUCAAGGAACCAACUCGACGCUGGUUCACUCUCAGUGCCCAACCUAAUCGAAACCUAACCGAUGGUAGGAGUUGUCGUGGAAAUGUUUUCGUUCCUUUUGAUAAUUUUCUUCCAUAUUCAAAUUCAGCCGUAUCGAUUGGUUCGAAAAUAUAUGGUGAACAUAUGAGUGAUUAUUUUGGUCCGUCUUCAGCCAUUUGGAUAUAUGACUGUCGGACUCGCACGUGGGGCGAUGUGCCUAACAUGAAGAUGAAGAGGUCCGCGUGUGUCCUUGAUGACAAGAUUUAUGUAAUGGGAGGGUGUGACUCUGGGGGCAUAAAUUGGUUCGAAAUGUUCGACAUAAAGACUCAGACUUGGAGAACCCUACCGGAGAAUCCUGACGUUAAGGUGAGAAUGGGAGAUAACGUUCAAAAAAUCGAUGUGGUGCAAGGAAAUAUUUACGUAAAGACUGGGGCUGAGGUUAAGGAUUGGAUUUAUGAUGUGAAGGAAGGUAAGUGGAGUGUUGCAGAAGAGUAUUUGAGUUUACUAUGGUCGAAUUCUUGGUGUGUGAUAGAUAAUGUGAUUUAUUGUUACUCUUGUUCUAGAUACAAGUGGUAUGAUUUAGAUGGUAGAAUGUGGAGAGAUGUGAAAGGUUUGGAAAGAUUGAAUAGAUACCGUAGUGCCAGUACUGAUUUUCGUAAUUGUAUGGUUGAAUUAGUUAACUAUGGUGGGAAACUAGCUAUUCUUUGGGAUAGGUUUGAGCGGCCUGGUCGUAGUCAGAACAAGAAUAUUUGGUGUGCAAUGGUUGCACUCAACAGAGGCUUUGGAGGUUCAAUUUGGGGGAAGAUUGAGUGGGUUAAUGUUGUGCUUACGGUCCCCAAGUCAUAUAAUUUCUUGCGUUGUAUAGCCCUUUCGGUUUGAUGACUCUUAGUAACUUGUAGAGUCAUCUUUUUGCUUUGAACAAACUUAUAUGCUUUGUUUUGUGUUGGCUGUGCGUCUAUAAGUCCUAAAUGAAUUUACCUGAUUGCUAGACAUUGUAUUGUUUCAAUUUGCAUUUUGCAUCAGUUGGAGAAACAUAGAUAGAUUAUGACCAUCUCUAAGCGUUUUGUUGAUUUAAUUCUGGUUACAGUAGUAUAAACUAAGUCCUUGUGAGGCAAUUCUAUUUGUUGUUCUUUCUAGGUCUCCCAUCUAAAUAAUGCGAGUAGAAGAAUUUGAGUACCUUUUGUUUUCACUUUGAAG